CUGUCCAGGGUUCCCCCCUUGGUCCCAGCACUGGAAUUCCUGCUGCAGUCCCAGCUCGUCAUGCUGGAGGACGAGCACCAUCGGGACAGCUCCAGAAUUCCUCUCCAGACCGUCGGUUUAUAGACUUAAAAAACUGCAUAUAGGAUGCAAUGAGUUCAGACAACGUCAAUUCCAGAGAAGAUAAACGAUCAGAUAAUGCUAUUCAAGCAUCACAGUUACCUCAGGGUAUAAAUCAAAUAGAAAUGGACACUAUUGAAGAUCUGAGAAGAAAACUCCAAAGUCUGGAGAAAAUAAAUUUGGAAUUAAACCAUCAACGUGUUCAAGAGAUAUUUCGCCAUGAAAAAGAAAUAAUAAAAUUAAAGUUGGAAAUUCAGAGAGGAGAAGAUCUUCAUAGACGUCUGGAGAGUGCCCUGUCAUUUGCUAGACAAGAGGCUCGAAUACAGAUGUAUUGUACAGAGAAUGAAUUGUAUGAUGUAAAAAGCAAGGUUUCGGAACUUCAAGUACUCAGUGACAAAUAUCAGCAGAUAGCAGCAGAGACUGAGAAAAUGGUUCAAAGUGCUCAGCGGCGGUGGGAAGAGGAGCAACAAAGAUUUUCAGAGGAGAGGGAUACCAUCCACAAAGUACACCUAUCUGAACUGGAAUACCUUUUUAUAGAAAGAUUUGAUGCAGAAACGGCUUCAAAGAAAACUAAUGUUGCCCUGCAAAGGAUGGAGAGGAUGCUUAAGAAUGUGGAGGUAGAGCAGCAUAGCUGCUGCAAGAUGCUGAAGGUCCAGGCCAGCCGUCUGGAUUUCAAGAACAGACAGCAGGAGAGGCUCAUCCAAGACCUGAAGGCAGCUGCAGUGAAAAUAAAGGAAUUGGAGGACAAUGCUGCAGCAGCAAGACUAGCACAUAUAGACUGUAAAUACACUACAGAAUUCAUGCAGUUGAGAAUUCAAGAACUUGAAACCAUUUUGAGGGAAAACCAACUUGGGACGAGAGGUUUUCCAAGGGGAGCAUGGAAUAAUUCCAGAGAGUCAGAAAAUGCACAGCAGAGAGGAAAAAAAGGUUCACGAAGACAGCAUUCAUCCCCAAGUGUGCAAUGGAAAGACCAGGUUGAAGGAAGGAACAAAGCCGAAGAAUCCUCUGAGACAUUCAUGAAUCCUCCAGAGAGCUUCAGCCUGCAGGAAGGAUCAAUAGUGGACAGGUCCAUCCUCCUGAACUUAUACCAGAGCAUGGCAGACGCCCACGUGCUUGCCAAACAGACAAAUGCCCCCCUGGAAGAGUUACCUUGGACAGAGUUUUGUGCACUCUUGCAUGAGAAUGUUGAAGCCCUGAUCAUGAACUUCCACAACGCUAAAGAGAGGAUAUCUCAUCUAGAGUACACUUGCAAGCACCAGGCUGAUGCUAUGAAUGAGCUUCAGCAGAGCCAGAAGGAUGCUUUUGAAAAAAUGUCUGAACAGUUAAAAGCACAGGAACAUUGGUGGCAGAAAGAAAAGCAAUAUCUUGAACAUCACUACUCAAAUGUCCUUGCAGAAGUUCGUUCAAGAGCACAGGAAUGUGAAGAAAAGUCCCAGAAAAACAGGGGGAGACUGUACGGCCUUGAACAAAACUGUGAGAAACUGGCCCAGGAAAACAAUUCCAUGAAAGAUUCAUUAUUAGAUGCUUUCAAGGCACGCUCAUCCCUGCUGGCAGCCUGUGCGCUGCUGUCAGGGGCCCUGUGUCCUUUCUACGGCCGGCUAAACGCCGUGUCUUGCCAAAGAGACAUUCUCCAGGAGCAGGUGAACCAGCACCAAUUGUUGAACCAGAAGAUCAUCAGGCUCCUUUAUGCUCUCCCCACUAUCAUGGAAAGAAACCAAGACGAAGGCAGGCUGAGGCAGAGAAGAGCCAAGAGCCUGGUUUACGUGUUCCGAAGGGCUGUGAUUGCUGUUCUGGCCACUAACAGGCUGAGGGCUCUGGCCAGAUAUUCUUGUACCUUUUUCGUCUGGACAGAUGGCUCCAGAGGAAGCAGUGGAAUUCAAGUUUGUGUGGGAGAAUCCAGAGGCAGGCAUCAUCCACCGCGUUUUGGAGAGGGAAGAGUUGACUGUGAUGAAGCAGUCGGGUGGCUGACUAGCUCUAACCUCUGUACUGCAAUAGUCACUUCCAUCUCUGAACUGGAGGGUGUUCUCAUCAUUCAAGAUCCAGGCUCCUGGCUUUCUAAAAACUCACUUAUCAGUACAGCCAGGAACUGCUUUGCAAAACUGAUGGACAACCUGAGCGUACUGAUGGAGCCAGUUCAAGGGAACAUUUGCGGGUGCAGAGCUUACAUGGAGAGGGACUCCCUGAUACAGAGGCUGGCUCGUGGGCUCCACAGAGCAAACGCCCAGGCCCUGGAAGCUGGAUUGUAUGACAGACUGCCCAGCACAAGAAACAUAGCAAUCUUGCAGCAAGAAAUAUUUGAAUUUUCACGAAGGCUUCAUGCAUCAGAGGCAGAGUCCCACUCACUGCACCUGCAGCUUUCAGAAUGCAGAUGGGCUUUCAAUGAGGUACAAAAAGAUGCUGAAAAAGCCCAGAGUCUGCAAAAGCAACUAAAUGAACUACAGCAUAGACUCAACAAAGACAAUAUACAGGAGGAGUUAGAUAAGGCUUUGCAGCGUGAGCACGAGGCAAGAUUGCUUCUAGAAGAACAACAGCGACGGCUUCAGGAGCUCAUGAGUAGCAGAGGGGAAUCACAGUCAUUUGACAUAGACAAAAGCCAAGUCUCUGAUUUAUCUUUGAUGAGCCUCCCUAAUACAACGGAGGAGCUGAGGAAAAGAGACCAAGCCCUGAAUCAUCUGAAGAAACUCGUGAAAGACAUGGAGCAAGACCAGCAGCAGCUGUGGGACACUCUCGAGGAGGCAGAACUUGCCCUUGAUCAGGGAGUAAAAGACAAAGAGUUGAUCAUUAAUCACAUGAAAGCUGUGGAGGCUGCCCUGAAUGAGGCCAAAGAGCAGGCCAUGGCAUCAAGUGCUGCAGCAGCUGCGCCACUCCCCAGCCUGCAGCUGGAGACCCUUCCAGAGGAAGCAACAGCAGGCAGACCAGAGGCUGCAUCAUUCCAGCACGUGCUUAGAAAUUUUGUGGAUCUCUACUCACUGGCAUCUUCCAAAGUUGAGGCAUUAACAGGAAGAGACUCUCCGCAGUUUCAAUUUCAACCCAUAACAGCUGUUGAGGCUCUUACUCCUAGUGAAGAUCAAAGCCAGGGAGAGCCAAGAAAGGCGAUCGAAACUUCAUCUGGGAGUGACGCAGUUGCCAGUAUGCCAUCCAGCAUAAGCCAUCUUUCACCUGGAAGCGACUCAGUCUUCAGAAUGCCAUCCACCAUAACCUACACUGUGUCUGGGAGUGACCCAGGCGCCAGUAUGCCACCAGGCAUAAGCUAUCUUUCCUCUGGAAGUGACUCAGUCUUCAGAAUGUCACCCAGCAGAACUGACAGUUUCUCUGGAAUCAACUCAAUCUACACUAUUGCUCCCAGCAGGAGCCAUACUCUUUCUGGAAGUGACUCAGUCUUCAGGAUGUCACCCAACACAUCCUAUUCUUUUCCUGGCAGUGACUCAGUCUUCCUUAUGCCACCCAACAGAACCUAUACUGUGUCUGGAAGCGAUUCAGUCUUCAGUAUGCCUUCCAGCAUAAGCUAUCCUUCCUCUGGAAGUGUCUCAGGCUACUCCAGUAUGUCACCCAACAGAACCUAUACUGUGUCUGACUCAGGCUCCAGUAUGCCAUCCAGCAUAAGCUAUUCUUCCUCUGGAAGUGACUCAGGCUAUUUCAGCAUGUCACCCAACAGAACCUAUACUGUGUCUGGAAGUGACUCAGGCUCCAGUAUGCCAUCCAGCAUAAGCUAUCCUUCCUCUGGAAGUGACUCAGGCUACUUCAGCAUGUCACCCAACAGAACCUACACUGUGUCUGGAAGCGACCUAUCCGCCGAUUCCUUCCGGCAUCCCCAAGGACCCAUUUCACCUCGUGGUCCUAUUCCUGCUGGUGAUGCUCUUCGUGCACCUCCAGCUCGUGCUCCUCUUCCUUCUCCUCUUCCUCCUGCUGGGCCUUCUGCCUUUCUCUUUCAACCCCAAGGAGCCAGUACGCCUCGUGGUCCUCCUCCUGAUGGACACUGGGGAGGGCCAAGGUACAGAACCUAUACUGUGUCUGACUCAGGCUCCAGUAUGCCAUCCAGCAUAAGCUAUUCUUCAUCUGGAAGUGACUCAGGCUACUUCAGUAUGUCACCCAACAGAACCUAUACUGUGUCUGGAAGCGACUCAGGCUCCAGUAUGCCAUCCAGCAUAAGCUAUCCUUCCUCUGGAAGUGACUCAGGCUACUUCAGUAUGUCACCCAACAGAACAUACACUGUGUCUGGAAGUGACUCAGGCUCCAGUAUGCCAUCCAGCAUAAGCUAUUCUUCCUCUGGAAGCGACUCAGGCUACUUCAGUAGGUCACCCAACAGAACCUACACUGUUUCUGGGAGUGACGCAGGUGCCAGUAUGCCAUCUGGCAUAAGCUAUCUUUCCUCUGGAAGUGACUCAGUCUUCAGGAUGUCACCCAGCAGAACUGACAGUUUCUCUGGAAUCAACUCAAUCUCCACUAUUGCUCCCAGCAGGAGCCAUACUCUUUCUGGAAGUGAUUCAGUCUUCAGGAUGUCACCCAACACAUCCUAUUCUUUUCCUGGCAGUGACUCAGUCUUCCUUAUGCCACCCAACAGAACCUAUACUGUGUCUGGAAGCGAUUCAGUCUUCAGUAUGCCUUCCAGCAUAAGCUAUCCUUCCUCUGGAAGUGUCUCAGGCUACUCCAGUAUGUCACCCAACAGAACCUAUACUGUGUCUGACUCAGGCUCCAGUAUGCCAUCCAGCAUAAGCUAUUCUUCCUCUGGAAGUGACUCAGGCUAUUUCAGCAUGUCACCCAACAGAACCUAUACUGUGUCUGGAAGUGACUCAGGCUCCAGUAUGCCAUCCAGCAUAAGCUAUCCUUCCUCUGGAAGUGACUCAGGCUACUUCAGCAUGUCACCCAACAGAACCUACACUGUGUCUGGAAGCGACCUAUCCGCCGAUUCCUUCCGGCAUCCCCAAGGACCCAUUUCACCUCGUGGUCCUAUUCCUGCUGGUGAUGCUCUUCGUGCACCUCCAGCUCGUGCUCCUCUUCCUUCUCCUCUUCCUCCUGCUGGGCCUUCUGCCUUUCUCUUUCAACCCCAAGGAGCCAGUACGCCUCGUGGUCCUCCUCCUGAUGGACACUGGGGAGGGCCAAGGUACAGAACCUAUACUGUGUCUGACUCAGGCUCCAGUAUGCCAUCCAGCAUAAGCUAUUCUUCAUCUGGAAGUGACUCAGGCUACUUCAGUAUGUCACCCAACAGAACAUACACUGUGUCUGGAAGCGACUCAGGCUCCAGUAUGCCAUCCAGCAUAAGCUAUCCUUCCUCUGGAAGUGACUCAGGCUACUUCAGUAUGUCACCCAACAGAACCUAUACUGUGUCUGGAAGUGACUCAGGCUCCAGUAUGCCAUCCAGCAUAAGCUAUCCUUCCUCUGGAAGCGACUCAGGCUACUUCAGUAGGUCACCCAACAGAACCUACACUGUUUCUGGGAGUGACGCAGGCGCCAGUAUGCCAUCUGGCAUAAGCUAUCUUUCCUCUGGAAGUGACUCAGUCUUCAGGAUGUCACCCAGCAGAACUGACAGUUUCUCUGGAAUCAACUCAAUCUCCACUAUUGCUCCCAGCAGGAGCCAUACUCUUUCUGGAAGUGAUUCAGUCUUCAGGAUGUCACCCAACACAUCCUAUUCUUUUCCUGGCAGUGACUCAGUCUUCCUUAUGCCACCCAACAGAACCUAUACUGUGUCUGGAAGCGAUUCAGUCUUCAGUAUGCCUUCCAGCAUAAGCUAUCCUUCCUCUGGAAGUGUCUCAGGCUACUCCAGUAUGUCACCCAACAGAACCUAUACUGUGUCUGACUCAGGCUCCAGUAUGCCAUCCAGCAUAAGCUAUUCUUCCUCUGGAAGUGACUCAGGCUAUUUCAGCAUGUCACCCAACAGAACCUAUACUGUGUCUGGAAGUGACUCAGGCUCCAGUAUGCCAUCCAGCAUAAGCUAUCCUUCCUCUGGAAGUGACUCAGGCUACUUCAGCAUGUCACCCAACAGAACCUACACUGUGUCUGGAAGCGACCUAUCCGCCGAUUCCUUCCGGCAUCCCCAAGGACCCAUUUCACCUCGUGGUCCUAUUCCUGCUGGUGAUGCUCUUCGUGCACCUCCAGCUCGUGCUCCUCUUCCUUCUCCUCUUCCUCCUGCUGGGCCUUCUGCCUUUCUCUUUCAACCCCAAGGAGCCAGUACGCCUCGUGGUCCUCCUCCUGAUGGACACUGGGGAGGGCCAAGGUACAGAACCUAUACUGUGUCUGACUCAGGCUCCAGUAUGCCAUCCAGCAUAAGCUAUUCUUCAUCUGGAAGUGACUCAGGCUACUUCAGUAUGUCACCCAACAGAACAUACACUGUGUCUGGAAGCGACUCAGGCUCCAGUAUGCCAUCCAGCAUAAGCUAUCCUUCCUCUGGAAGUGACUCAGGCUACUUCAGUAUGUCACCCAACAGAACCUAUACUGUGUCUGGAAGUGACUCAGGCUCCAGUAUGCCAUCCAGCAUAAGCUAUCCUUCCUCUGGAAGCGACUCAGGCUACUUCAGUAGGUCACCCAACAGAACCUACACUGUUUCUGGGAGUGACGCAGGCGCCAGUAUGCCAUCUGGCAUAAGCUAUCUUUCCUCUGGAAGUGACUCAGUCUUCAGGAUGUCACCCAGCAGAACUGACAGUUUCUCUGGAAUCAACUCAAUCUCCACUAUUGCUCCCAGCAGGAGCCAUACUCUUUCUGGAAGUGAUUCAGUCUUCAGGAUGUCACCCAACACAUCCUAUUCUUUUCCUGGCAGUGACUCAGUCUUCCUUAUGCCACCCAACAGAACCUAUACUGUGUCUGGAAGCGAUUCAGUCUUCAGUAUGCCUUCCAGCAUAAGCUAUCCUUCCUCUGGAAGUGUCUCAGGCUACUCCAGUAUGUCACCCAACAGAACCUAUACUGUGUCUGACUCAGGCUCCAGUAUGCCAUCCAGCAUAAGCUAUUCUUCCUCUGGAAGUGACUCAGGCUAUUUCAGCAUGUCACCCAACAGAACCUAUACUGUGUCUGGAAGUGACUCAGGCUCCAGUAUGCCAUCCAGCAUAAGCUAUCCUUCCUCUGGAAGUGACUCAGGCUACUUCAGCAUGUCACCCAACAGAACCUACACUGUGUCUGGAAGCGACCUAUCCGCCGAUUCCUUCCGGCAUCCCCAAGGACCCAUUUCACCUCGUGGUCCUAUUCCUGCUGGUGAUGCUCUUCGUGCACCUCCAGCUCGUGCUCCUCUUCCUUCUCCUCUUCCUCCUGCUGGGCCUUCUGCCUUUCUCUUUCAACCCCAAGGAGCCAGUACGCCUCGUGGUCCUCCUCCUGAUGGACACUGGGGAGGGCCAAGGUACAGAACCUAUACUGUGUCUGACUCAGGCUCCAGUAUGCCAUCCAGCAUAAGCUAUUCUUCAUCUGGAAGUGACUCAGGCUACUUCAGUAUGUCACCCAACAGAACAUACACUGUGUCUGGAAGCGACUCAGGCUCCAGUAUGCCAUCCAGCAUAAGCUAUCCUUCCUCUGGAAGUGACUCAGGCUACUUCAGUAUGUCACCCAACAGAACCUAUACUGUGUCUGGAAGUGACUCAGGCUCCAGUAUGCCAUCCAGCAUAAGCUAUCCUUCCUCUGGAAGCGACUCAGGCUACUUCAGUAGGUCACCCAACAGAACCUACACUGUUUCUGGGAGUGACGCAGGCGCCAGUAUGCCAUCUGGCAUAAGCUAUCUUUCCUCUGGAAGUGACUCAGUCUUCAGGAUGUCACCCAGCAGAACUGACAGUUUCUCUGGAAUCAACUCAAUCUCCACUAUUGCUCCCAGCAGGAGCCAUACUCUUUCUGGAAGUGAUUCAGUCUUCAGGAUGUCACCCAACACAUCCUAUUCUUUUCCUGGCAGUGACUCAGUCUUCCUUAUGCCACCCAACAGAACCUAUACUGUGUCUGGAAGCGAUUCAGUCUUCAGUAUGCCAUCCAGCAUAAGCUAUCCUUCCUCUGGAAGUGUCUCAGGCUACUCCAGUAUGUCACCCAACAGAACCUAUACUGUGUCUGACUCAGGCUCCAGUAUGCCAUCCAGCAUAAGCUAUUCUUCCUCUGGAAGUGACUCAGGCUAUUUCAGCAUGUCACCCAACAGAACCUAUACUGUGUCUGGAAGUGACUCAGGCUCCAGUAUGCCAUCCAGCAUAAGCUAUCCUUCCUCUGGAAGUGACUCAGGCUACUUCAGCAUGUCACCCAACAGAACCUACACUGUGUCUGGAAGCGACCUAUCCGCCGAUUCCUUCCGGCAUCCCCAAGGACCCAUUUCACCUCGUGGUCCUAUUCCUGCUGGUGAUGCUCUUCGUGCACCUCCAGCUCGUGCUCCUCUUCCUUCUCCUCUUCCUCCUGCUGGGCCUUCUGCCUUUCUCUUUCAACCCCAAGGAGCCAGUACGCCUCGUGGUCCUCCUCCUGAUGGACACUGGGGAGGGCCAAGGUACAGAACCUAUACUGUGUCUGACUCAGGCUCCAGUAUGCCAUCCAGCAUAAGCUAUUCUUCAUCUGGAAGUGACUCAGGCUACUUCAGUAUGUCACCCAACAGAACAUACACUGUGUCUGGAAGCGACUCAGGCUCCAGUAUGCCAUCCAGCAUAAGCUAUCCUUCCUCUGGAAGUGACUCAGGCUACUUCAGUAUGUCACCCAACAGAACCUAUACUGUGUCUGGAAGUGACUCAGGGUCCAGUAUGCCAUCCAGCAUAAGCUAUUCUUCCUCUGGAAGCGACUCAGGCUACUUCAGUAGGUCACCCAACAGAACCUACACUGUGUCUGGGAGUGACGCAGGCGCCAGUAUGCCAUCUGGCAUAAGCUAUCUUUCCUCUGGAAGUGACUCAGUCUUCAGGAUGUCACCCAGCAGAACUGACAGUUUCUCUGGAAUCAACUCAAUCUCCACUAUUGCUCCCAGCAGGAGCCAUACUCUUUCUGGAAGUGAUUCAGUCUUCAGGAUGUCACCCAACACAUCCUAUUCUUUUCCUGGCAGUGACUCAGUCUUCCUUAUGCCACCCAACAGAACCUAUACUGUGUCUGGAAGCGAUUCAGUCUUCAGUAUGCCUUCCAGCAUAAGCUAUCCUUCCUCUGGAAGUGUCUCAGGCUACUCCAGUAUGUCACCCAACAGAACCUAUACUGUGUCUGACUCAGGCUCCAGUAUGCCAUCCAGCAUAAGCUAUUCUUCCUCUGGAAGUGACUCAGGCUAUUUCAGCAUGUCACCCAACAGAACCUAUACUGUGUCUGGAAGUGACUCAGGCUCCAGUAUGCCAUCCAGCAUAAGCUAUCCUUCCUCUGGAAGUGACUCAGGCUACUUCAGCAUGUCACCCAACAGAACCUACACUGUGUCUGGAAGCGACCUAUCCGCCGAUUCCUUCCGGCAUCCCCAAGGACCCAUUUCACCUCGUGGUCCUAUUCCUGCUGGUGAUGCUCUUCGUGCACCUCCAGCUCGUGCUCCUCUUCCUUCUCCUCUUCCUCCUGCUGGGCCUUCUGCCUUUCUCUUUCAACCCCAAGGAGCCAGUACGCCUCGUGGUCCUCCUCCUGAUGGACACUGGGGAGGGCCAAGGUACAGAACCUAUACUGUGUCUGACUCAGGCUCCAGUAUGCCAUCCAGCAUAAGCUAUCCUUCCUCUGGAAGCGACUCAGGCUACUUCAGUAGGUCACCCAACAGAACAUACACUGUGUCUGGAAGCGACUCAGGCUCCAGUAUGCCAUCCAGCAUAAGCUAUCCUUCCUCUGGAAGUGACUCAGGCUACUUCAGUAGGUCACCCAACAGAACCUAUACUGUGUCUGGAAGUGACUCAGGCUCCAGUAUGCCAUCCAGCAUAAGCUAUCCUUCCUCUGGAAGCGACUCAGGCUACUUCAGUAGGUCACCCAACAGAACCUACACUGUUUCUGGGAGUGACGCAGGCGCCAGUAUGCCAUCUGGCAUAAGCUAUCUUUCCUCUGGAAGUGACUCAGUCUUCAGGAUGUCACCCAGCAGAACUGACAGUUUCUCUGGAAUCAACUCAAUCUCCACUAUUGCUCCCAGCAGGAGCCAUACUCUUUCUGGAAGUGACUCAGUCUUCAGGAUGUCACCCAACACAUCCUAUUCUUUUCCUGGCAGUGACUCAGUCUUCCUUAUGCCACCCAACAGAACCUAUACUGUGUCUGGAAGCGAUUCAGUCUUCAGUAUGCCUUCCAGCAUAAGCUAUCCUUCCUCUGGAAGUGUCUCAGGCUACUCCAGUAUGUCACCCAACAGAACCUAUACUGUGUCUGACUCAGGCUCCAGUAUGCCAUCCAGCAUAAGCUAUUCUUCCUCUGGAAGUGACUCAGGCUAUUUCAGCAUGUCACCCAACAGAACCUAUACUGUGUCUGGAAGUGACUCAGGCUCCAGUAUGCCAUCCAGCAUAAGCUAUCCUUCCUCUGGAAGUGACUCAGGCUACUUCAGCAUGUCACCCAACAGAACCUACACUGUGUCUGGGAGCGACCUAUCUGCCGAUUCCUUCCGGCAUCCCCAAGGACCCAUUUCACCUCGUGGUCCUAUUCCUGCUGGUGAUGCUCUUCGUGCACCUCCAGCUCGUGCUCCUCUUCCUUCUCCUCUUCCUCCUGCUGGGCCUUCUGCCUUUCUCUUUCAACCCCAAGGAGCCAGUACGCCUCGUGGUCCUCCUCCUGAUGGACACUGGGGAGGGCCAAGGUACAGAACCUAUACUGUGUCUGACUCAGGCUCCAGUAUGCCAUCCAGCAUAAGCUAUUCUUCAUCUGGAAGUGACUCAGGCUACUUCAGUAUGUCACCCAACAGAACCUAUACUGUGUCUGGAAGCGACUCAGGCUCCAGUAUGCCAUCCAGCAUAAGCUAUCCUUCCUCUGGAAGUGACUCAGGCUACUUCAGUAUGUCACCCAACAGAACAUACACUCUGUCUGGAAGUGACUCAGGCUCCAGUAUGCCAUCCAGCAUAAGCUAUUCUUCCUCUGGAAGCGACUCAGGCUACUUCAGUAGGUCACCCAACAGAACCUACACUGUUUCUGGGAGUGACGCAGGCGCCAGUAUGCCAUCUGGCAUAAGCUAUCUUUCUUCUGGAAGUGACUCCGUCUUCAGGAUGUCACCCAGCAGAACUGACAGUUUCUCUGGAAUCAACUCAAUCUCCACUAUUGCUCCCAGCAGGAGCCAUACUCUUUCUGGAAGUGAUUCAGUCUUCAGGAUGUCCCCCAACACAUCCUAUUCUUUUCCUGGCAGUGACUCAGUCUUCCUUAUGCCACCCAACAGAACCUAUACUGUGUCUGGAAGCGAUUCAGUCUUCAGUAUGCCUUCCAGCAUAAGCUAUCCUUCCUCUGGAAGUGUCUCAGGCUACUCCAGUAUGUCACCCAACAGAACCUAUACUGUGUCUGACUCAGGCUCCAGUAUGCCAUCCAGCAUAAGCUAUUCUUCCUCUGGAAGUGACUCAGGCUAUUUCAGCAUGUCACCCAACAGAACCUAUACUGUGUCUGGAAGUGACUCAGGCUCCAGUAUGCCAUCCAGCAUAAGCUAUCCUUCCUCUGGAAGUGACUCAGGCUACUUCAGCAUGUCACCCAACAGAACCUACACUGUGUCUGGAAGCGACCUAUCCGCCGAUUCCUUCCGGCAUCCCCAAGGACCCAUUUCACCUCGUGGUCCUCUUCCUGCUGGUGAUGCUCUUCGUGCACCUCCAGCUCGUGCUCCUCUUCCUUCUCCUCUUCCUCCUGCUGGGCCUUCUGCCUUUCCCUUUCAACCCCAAGGAGCCAGUACGCCUCGUGGUCCUCCUCCUGAUGGACACUGGGGAGGGCCAAGGUACAGAACCUAUACUGUGUCUGACUCAGGCUCCAGUAUGCCAUCCAGCAUAAGCUAUCCUUCCUCUGGAAGCGACUCAGGCUACUUCAGUAUGUCACCCAACAUAACCUACACUGUGUCUGGAAGCGACUCAGGCUCCAGUAUGCCAUCCAGCAUAAGCUAUCCUUCCUCUGGAAGUGACUCAGGCUACUUCAGUAGGUCACCCAACAGAACCUAUACUGUGUCUGGAAGUGACUCAGGCUCCAGUAUGCCAUCCAGCAUAAGCUAUCCUUCCUCUGGAAGCGACUCAGGCUACUUCAGUAGGUCACCCAACAGAACCUACACUGUUUCUGGGAGUGACGCAGGCGCCAGUAUGCCAUCUGGCAUAAGCUAUCUUUCCUCUGGAAGUGACUCAGUCUUCAGGAUGUCACCCAGCAGAACUGACAGUUUCUCUGGAAUCAACUCAAUCUCCACUAUUGCUCCCAGCAGGAGCCAUACUCUUUCUGGAAGUGACUCAGUCUUCAGGAUGUCACCCAACACAUCCUAUUCUUUUCCUGGCAGUGACUCAGUCUUCCUUAUGCCACCCAACAGAACCUAUACUGUGUCUGGAAGCGAUUCAGUCUUCAGUAUGCCUUCCAGCAUAAGCUAUCCUUCCUCUGGAAGUGUCUCAGGCUACUCCAGUAUGUCACCCAACAGAACCUAUACUGUGUCUGACUCAGGCUCCAGUAUGCCAUCCAGCAUAAGCUAUUCUUCCUCUGGAAGUGACUCAGGCUAUUUCAGCAUGUCACCCAACAGAACCUAUACUGUGUCUGGAAGUGACUCAGGCUCCAGUAUGCCAUCCAGCAUAAGCUAUCCUUCCUCUGGAAGUGACUCAGGCUACUUCAGCAUGUCACCCAACAGAACCUACACUGUGUCUGGGAGCGACCUAUCUGCCGAUUCCUUCCGGCAUCCCCAAGGACCCAUUUCACCUCGUGGUCCUAUUCCUGCUGGUGAUGCUCUUCGUGCACCUCCAGCUCGUGCUCCUCUUCCUUCUCCUCUUCCUCCUGCUGGGCCUUCUGCCUUUCUCUUUCAACCCCAAGGAGCCAGUACGCCUCGUGGUCCUCCUCCUGAUGGACACUGGGGAGGGCCAAGGUACAGAACCUAUACUGUGUCUGACUCAGGCUCCAGUAUGCCAUCCAGCAUAAGCUAUUCUUCAUCUGGAAGUGACUCAGGCUACUUCAGUAUGUCACCCAACAGAACCUAUACUGUGUCUGGAAGCGACUCAGGCUCCAGUAUGCCAUCCAGCAUAAGCUAUCCUUCCUCUGGAAGUGACUCAGGCUACUUCAGUAUGUCACCCAACAGAACAUACACUCUGUCUGGAAGUGACUCAGGCUCCAGUAUGCCAUCCAGCAUAAGCUAUUCUUCCUCUGGAAGCGACUCAGGCUACUUCAGUAGGUCACCCAACAGAACCUACACUGUUUCUGGGAGUGACGCAGGCGCCAGUAUGCCAUCUGGCAUAAGCUAUCUUUCUUCUGGAAGUGACUCCGUCUUCAGGAUGUCACCCAGCAGAACUGACAGUUUCUCUGGAAUCAACUCAAUCUCCACUAUUGCUCCCAGCAGGAGCCAUACUCUUUCUGGAAGUGAUUCAGUCUUCAGGAUGUCCCCCAACACAUCCUAUUCUUUUCCUGGCAGUGACUCAGUCUUCCUUAUGCCACCCAACAGAACCUAUACUGUGUCUGGAAGCGAUUCAGUCUUCAGUAUGCCUUCCAGCAUAAGCUAUCCUUCCUCUGGAAGUGUCUCAGGCUACUCCAGUAUGUCACCCAACAGAACCUAUACUGUGUCUGACUCAGGCUCCAGUAUGCCAUCCAGCAUAAGCUAUUCUUCCUCUGGAAGUGACUCAGGCUAUUUCAGCAUGUCACCCAACAGAACCUAUACUGUGUCUGGAAGUGACUCAGGCUCCAGUAUGCCAUCCAGCAUAAGCUAUCCUUCCUCUGGAAGUGACUCAGGCUACUUCAGCAUGUCACCCAACAGAACCUACACUGUGUCUGGAAGCGACCUAUCCGCCGAUUCCUUCCGGCAUCCCCAAGGACCCAUUUCACCUCGUGGUCCUCUUCCUGCUGGUGAUGCUCUUCGUGCACCUCCAGCUCGUGCUCCUCUUCCUUCUCCUCUUCCUCCUGCUGGGCCUUCUGCCUUUCCCUUUCAACCCCAAGGAGCCAGUACGCCUCGUGGUCCUCCUCCUGAUGGACACUGGGGAGGGCCAAGGUACAGAACCUAUACUGUGUCUGACUCAGGCUCCAGUAUGCCAUCCAGCAUAAGCUAUUCUUCAUCUGGAAGUGACUCAGGCUACUUCAGUAUGUCACCCAACAUAACCUACACUGUGUCUGGAAGCGACUCAGGCUCCAGUAUGCCAUCCAGCAUAAGCUAUCCUUCCUCUGGAAGUGACUCAGGCUACUUCAGUAUGUCACCCAACAGAACCUACACUGUGUCUGACUCAGGCUCCAGUAUGCCAUCCAGCAUAAGCUAUCCUUCCUCUGGAAGUGACUCAGGCUACUUCAGUAUGUCACCCAACAGAACCUAUACUGUGUCUGACUCAGGCUCCAGUAUGCCAUCCAGCAUAAGCUAUCCUUCCUCUGCAAGCGACUCAGGCUACUUCAGUAGGUCACCCAACAGAACCUACACUGUGUCUGGGAGUGACGCAGGUGCCAGUAUGCCAUCUGGCAUAAGCUAUCUUUCCUCUGGAAGUGACUCAGUCUUCAGGAUGUCACCCAGCAGAACUGACAGUUUCUCUGGAAUCAACUCAAUCUCCACUAUUGCUCCCAGCAGGAGCCAUACUCUUUCUGGAAGUGACUCAGUCUUCAGGAUGUCACCCAACACAUCCUAUUCUUUUCCUGGCAGUGACUCAGUCUUCCUUAUGCCACCCAACAGAACCUAUACUGUGUCUGGAAGCGAUUCAGUCUUCAGUAUGCCUUCCAGCAUAAGCUAUCCUUCCUCUGGAAGUGUCUCAGGCUACUCCAGUAUGUCACCCAACAGAACCUAUACUGUGUCUGACUCAGGCUCCAGUAUGCCAUCCAGCAUAAGCUAUUCUUCCUCUGGAAGUGACUCAGGCUAUUUCAGCAUGUCACCCAACAGAACCUAUACUGUGUCUGGAAGUGACUCAGGCUCCAGUAUGCCAUCCAGCAUAAGCUAUCCUUCCUCUGGAAGUGACUCAGGCUACUUCAGCAUGUCACCCAACAGAACCUACACUGUGUCUGGAAGCGACCUAUCCGCCGAUUCCUUCCGGCAUCCCCAAGGACCCAUUUCACCUCGCGGUCCUCUUCCUGCUGGUGAUGCUCUUCGUGCACCUCCAGCUCGUGCUCCUCUUCCUUCUCCUCUUCCUCCUGCUGGGCCUUCUGCCUUUCCCUUUCAACCCCAAGGAGCCAGUACGCCUCGUGGUCCUCCUCCUGAUGGACACUGGGGAGGGCCAAGGUACAGAACCUAUACUGUGUCUGACUCAGGCUCCAGUAUGCCAUCCAGCAUAAGCUAUUCUUCAUCUGGAAGUGACUCAGGCUACUUCAGUAUGUCACCCAACAUAACCUAUACUGUGUCUGGAAGCGACUCAGGCUCCAGUAUGCCAUCCAGCAUAAGCUAUCCUUCCUCUGGAAGUGACUCAGGCUACUUCAGUAUGUCACCCAACAGAACAUACACUGUGUCUGGAAGUGACUCAGGCUCCAGUAUGCCAUCCAGCAUAAGCUAUUCUUCCUCUGGAAGCGACUCAGGCUACUUCAGUAGGUCACCCAACAGAACCUACACUGUGUCUGGGAGUGACGCAGGCGCCAGUAUGCCAUCUGGCAUAAGCUAUCUUUCCUCUGGAAGUGACUCAGUCUUCAGGAUGUCACCCAGCAGAACUGACAGUUUCUCUGGAAUCAACUCAAUCUCCACUAUUGCUCCCAGCAGGAGCCAUACUCUUUCUGGAAGUGAUUCAGUCUUCAGGAUGUCACCCAACACAUCCUAUUCUUUUCCUGGCAGUGACUCAGUCUUCCUUAUGCCACCCAACAGAACCUAUACUGUGUCUGGAAGCGAUUCAGUCUUCAGUAUGCCUUCCAGCAUAAGCUAUCCUUCCUCUGGAAGUGUCUCAGGCUACUCCAGUAUGUCACCCAACAGAACCUAUACUGUGUCUGACUCAGGCUCCAGUAUGCCAUCCAGCAUAAGCUAUUCUUCCUCUGGAAGUGACUCAGGCUAUUUCAGCAUGUCACCCAACAGAACCUAUACUGUGUCUGGAAGUGACUCAGGCUCCAGUAUGCCAUCCAGCAUAAGCUAUCCUUCCUCUGGAAGUGACUCAGGCUACUUCAGCAUGUCACCCAACAGAACCUACACUGUGUCUGGAAGCGACCUAUCCGCCGAUUCCUUCCGGCAUCCCCAAGGACCCAUUUCACCUCGUGGUCCUAUUCCUGCUGGUGAUGCUCUUCGUGCACCUCCAGCUCGUGCUCCUCUUCCUUCUCCUCUUCCUCCUGCUGGGCCUUCUGCCUUUCUCUUUCAACCCCAAGGAGCCAGUACGCCUCGUGGUCCUCCUCCUGAUGGACACUGGGGAGGGCCAAGGUACAGAACCUAUACUGUGUCUGACUCAGGCUCCAGUAUGCCAUCCAGCAUAAGCUAUCCUUCCUCUGGAAGUGACUCAGGCUACUUCAGUAGGUCACCCAACAGAACCUAUACUGUGUCUGGAAGUGACUCAGGCUCCAGUAUGCCAUCCAGCAUAAGCUAUCCUUCCUCUGGAAGUGACUCAGGCUACUUCAGUAGGUCACCCAACAGAACCUACACUGUUUCUGGGAGUGACGCAGGCGCCAGUAUGCCAUCUGGCAUAAGCUAUCUUUCCUCUGGAAGUGACUCAGUCUUCAGGAUGUCACCCAGCAGAACUGACAGUUUCUCUGGAAUCAACUCAAUCUCCACUAUUGCUCCCAGCAGGAGCCAGACUCUUUCUGGAAGUGACUCAGUCUUCAGGAUGUCACCCAACACAUCCUAUUCUUUUUCUGGAAGUGACUCAGUCUUCCCUAUACCACCCAACAGAACCUAUACUGUGUCUGGAAGCGAUUCAGUCUUCAGUAUGCCAUCCAGCAUAAGCUAUCCUUCCUCUGGAAGUCUCUCAGGAUACUUCAGUAUGUCACCCAACAGAACCUACACUGUGUCUGGAAGCAAUUCAGGCUUCAGUAUGCCAUCCAGCAUAAGCUAUCCUUCAUCUGGAAGUCUCUCAGGAUACUUCAGUAUGUCACCCAACAGAACCUACACUGUGUCUGGAAGCGACCUAUCCUCCGAUUCCUUCCGGCAUCCCCAAGGACCCAUUUCACCUCGUGGUCCUCUUCCUGCUGGUGAUGCUCUUCGUGCACCUCCAGCUCGUGCUCCUCUUCCUUCUCCUCUUCCUCCUGCUGGGCCUUCUGCCUUUCUCUUUCAACCCCAAGGAGCCAGUACGCCUCGUGGUCCUCCUCCUGAUGGACACUGGGGAGAGCCAAUGUACAGAACCUAUACUGUGUCUGGAAGUGACUCAGGCUCCAGUAUGCCAUCCAGCAUAAGCUAUCCUUCGUCUGGAAAUGACUCAAUCUACUUCAGUAUGUCACCCAGUAGAAGCCUUACUGUGUCUGGAAGUGAUUCAGUCUACUUCAGUAUGUCUCCCAAUGCAGGAACCCCUGGGCAGGUGCUGUCUGGGUGAUCGUCUUCCCGAGGGCGGUCUCCUCCCAAUCUGGAUAACCAACUCCCCCAGACCGCCUUUCGCUCAGUCCUGGAUGGAAUAAAUAUACGCUCAAGCAGAAAAAGA